UUCUGUUGGUGGGGGUUUGGCGGCCUUUGCUGCGUCUGCAGGACCCAAAGCUCUAGAUCACUGGGUGCAGCCCAGGUAACGGAAACUGGAAAAAGCUAGAGGGGACGCCGUCCACACUCCGCGGGAGUGAGCGGGAUGCGGAACCUGCUUCCGGAAUUUUCGGGCCACGUUACCACCAUUAUCCCGCCGCGCUCAACGGGUCCUAUGGCAACCAGCACGCUACAGGACCCGCCCCAGGAGAGAAGAGAGUCGUCUUCUUCCUUUUGGAUACUGUUAUUGUCUCAGGUUCCCAUGGUAGCAGCAGCAUUUAUGGUCCCUGGACAGGGCCAUGUGAUCUUUGAAGAUGUGGCUGUGUCCUUCUCCCAGGAGGAGUGGGGUCUCCUUAACGAUGCUCAGAGACUCCUCUACUGUGACGUGAUGCUGGAGAACCUGUCACUUAUAGCCUCCCUGGGGUGUUGGCGUGCAGUAGGUACUGAGGAGGCUGCUUCUGAACAAUGUGUUUCUGUAGAACUAGUGACACAAGACAGGAAUCCAAAUCCAGACCCAUCUAUCCUGAAGACUCUUACUUCGGAUACGGGUGCCCUGGUAGAGAAAGAUGUUUUGUACCUGGCUGAGCACCAAGGAGUGCAUCCUGGGCUGAAACCGUCCUCUUCUGGGGCCUGUGGGAAAACGUUCACUUCUCACCUACAACAGCACCAGAAGCAGCCCAUUGGAGAGAAACACCUCAGAAGCGAGGAGAAUGGGGCCUUGCUUGUGACGAGCUGCAAAGUCUUUUUACCCGACAAUAUGUUCACAUGCGGAGAGGUUGAGAAGGCUUUCCUAGGCAGCUUGGGCUUUCCCCUGCACCAGCCCUCCCACUAUGGCGAGCACCCAGGUACAAGCAGGCAGAGCAGGGAGGUCUCUCACCCUGGGGAAGGGCAUUACGAGUGCAGCGAAUGUGGCAAAGCCUUCAGUAAGAAGUAUAAAUUCACGGAGCACCUGAGAGUUCACACUGGUGAAAAACCUUAUGAGUGCAGUGACUGCGGGAAGUUCUUUAGACUCACCUCCAGUCUUACUCACCAUAGGAAGGUUCACACAGGAAAAAGGCUUUAUGAGUGCUGUAAUUGUGGGAAAGUGUUUGCCCACAAAUAUAAACUUGUUGAGCACCAGAGAAUCCACACUGGAGAAAGAUCCUAUGAGUGUAAUCAAUGUGGGAAAGCCUUCCUUCAAAAGGAUACACUUGUUCAGCACCAAAAAGUCCACACUGGAGAAAAUCCUAAGAGCAGUGAAUGUGGGAAGCCCUUCUUUUACAAAAAAAAUCUCCUUGUGCAUCAUAGGAUCCAUAUUGGAGAAAAGCCUUAUGGGUGUAGCAAAUGUGGGAAGUCAUUCAUCUUCAAAAAAAGGCUUCUUGAUCACCAGCGAAUCCACACUGGAGAAAAGCCUUAUAUGUGCAGUGAAUGUGGGAAAGCCUAUGUCUACAAAGGAAGUCUUGUUGUGCAUAAGAGAAUUCAUACUGGAGAAAAGGCUUAUGGGUGUAAAUGUGGGAAGUUCUUUACAAGCAGCUCUGCCCUCAGUAAACACCAGAAUGUUCACACUGCAGAAAGGCCUUAUGAGUGCAGUGAAUGUGGGAAAGCUUUCAAGGUCAAAAUUAAACUUGUUGAGCACCAGAGAAUCCACACUGGAGAAAGACCCUAUGAGUGUAAUCAAUGUGGGAAAGCCUUCAAGCUCAAGUAUACACUUGUUCGGCACCAAACUGUCCACACUGGAGAAAAGCCUUUUAAUUGCAAUGAAUGUGGCAAGCCUUUCAGUUACAAAACAAGUCUUCUUGAGCACCAGAGAAUCCACACUGGAGAAAGGCCUCAUACGUGCAGUAAAUGUGGGGAAGCCUUUGUCUACAGAAGAAGUCUUGUUGUCCACCAGAGAAUCCACACUGGAGAAAGGCCUUAUAUGUGCAGUGAAUGUGGAGAAGCCUUUGUCUACAGAAGAAGUCUUAUUGCCCACCAGGGAAUCCAUACUAGAGAAAAACCUUGAGUGUAGUUCUUUGCAGGCAGCUCCAGGCUCAUAAAAAACAAGAAAGUUCACACUGGAGAAAUGCCCUCCAGACUUAUGCUUUCCUUCACUUGAGUUAACAUCUAGCAGCAUAUAGAUUAGGUGUCAUAGAGGAAGUGAAAAUUUAACUUAUGUGGAGCCAAACUUUCAUAGUGGUAGUAUCCUGAUACAGUCCUACCAGAAGCACCAGAACGUGAGUUCCUGUUCUUUACAUUCUUGUCAACACUUGGUAUGGUCAGGCUUUCUAACUUCAGUGAUGUAAGAGGUGUAUAGUGGUAUCUAGUGAUUUUAACUAGUGUUUCCCUAUUGACAUGAUGUUGAGUGGUUUUUCAUGUGAUAAUUUCCAUUCAUAGUUUUUUGAAAUUUCUGUUCAUAUGAUUUGUCAUCUUAAUUACUGAGUUUUGACAUUUCUUCAUGGAUUAUUGAUUAAGGUCCUCUAAUGGAAA